AUGAAAGAACAAGCUGAUAAGGAGAAAAAAGAUGAGAGAAUAGCAGAAGAACGAGACAACAACGAAGCAAUUGAAGGUGAAACAACAGAACAGAUUGAGCAGAAAAUUGAGAAACCAACAAAGAACCUUGAAAGAACAUAUGGAAAAGACAAUCAGAAAGAUGAUAACACAACGGAAGAAAAGAAGGAAGAAAGUGAAUUGGAGAUGCUAGAAUCUCCUAAUGAUGAAGAUGAGAAUGCUGAUGAGAAAACUCCUGAAAAAUCAGUUAUCAUGCCAGUGAAAGAAGUAGGAACACGACAGUUACGUUCUGGCAUCAAAAUAAUCAAAGACAGAAAAGACAGAAAGCCUGCAAAAAAACAAGAUUACACAUACCCCGAAGCACAUAAGAAAGCCCAAAAAAGAGCAAGCCAAAGCGAAGAUGAAGCAACCAACAAAAAAAAGGACAAAGAUACAUACCUUCAGUUGCACAUGUAUAAGGUCUACAAUAGGCUGGAUGAAAUAUCAAAGAGGAAGUUGGAAAAUUACUGGAAAACUGCAUCUGAUUCUGAUGAGGACGCUUUUUACCUAAACAAUAGGACAAUAUUGUACAAACAUAACAUUGAAAAGUUGAUGGGAGAUGAUCCAAUUUCUGCACUUAUCAUCGAUGCUUAUGGAGAGGCCCUUAAUGAUGAUGCAAAGCAGAACACUCAAACAAAAAAAUGCUUACUUGUCCGCCAAUAA